UUGAUAGAUCCGGAGAGGACAUCCAUUAGCAUAAAUAGGAGUUAAGAUUGGAGCUCUUGGCACUACACACGAUCAGUAUCUGCCAUCCUGCCGAAUAAAUAGCUCUUCUCCUGAGCAGGAGGAGGAGGAGGGAGGCUGCCAGCAUCCUGUUUGGAAGACAGGUCACAAUGGUUUCCAUUCCUGAAUACUAUGAAGGAAAAAACAUCCUCCUGACAGGAGCUACCGGCUUUGUGGGAAAAGUGCUUUUGGAAAAGCUGCUCAGAUCCUGUCCUAAAGUGAAAGCAGUGUAUGUGCUGGUAAGAAAAAAAGCAAAGCAGACAGCUGAAGCACGAGUAGAAGAAAUUACCAGCUCUAAGCUCUUUGACAGAUUGAGAGAAGAGCAACCAAACUUCAAAGAAAAAAUAAUAGUAGUUGUGAGUGAAUUUACACAGCCUGAACUGGAUCUUAGUAAACCAAUCAAGGACGAACUUAUAGAAUGCAUUAAUAUUAUAUUUCAUUGUGCUGCUACAGUCAGAUUCAAUGAAACACUAAGAGAUGCUGUGCAGUUAAAUGUGGUUGCCACACAACAGCUCCUGUCCUUGGCACAGCAAAUGAAGAAUCUGGAGGUGUUCACGCAUGUUUCCACCGCCUAUGCGUAUUGCAAUCGGAAACAGAUCGAGGAAGUCGUGUACCCACCUCCUGUGGAUCCCAAGAAACUGAUAGAUUCCCUUGAGUGGAUGGAUGAUGACCUAGUGAAUGAUAUUACUCCUAAACUGUUAGGCAAAAGGCCUAAUACCUACACAUACACGAAAGCCUUAGCUGAAUCCGUGGUGCAGCAGGAAAGUGCAAAUUUAAACAUUGCCAUUGUAAGGCCGUCCAUCAUUGGUGCCAGCUGGAAGGAGCCUUUUCCUGGCUGGAUUGAUAACUUCAAUGGACCUAGUGGUAUCUUCAUUGCUGCAGGAAAAGGAAUUCUUCGAACGAUGAGAGCUUCCAACGAUGCGCUAGCAGAUCUUGUCCCAAUAGAUGUUGUUGUCAAUACCACACUUGCUGCAGCCUGGUAUUCUGCAAUUAAUAGACCAAGGAAAGUCAUGGUGUAUAACUGUACAACAGGUGGCACCAAUCCUUUCCACUGGAGUGAAGUUGAAGACUGCAUGUGUAAGAAUUACAGGAAAUAUCCAUUAGAAAAAGUAGCAGGAACAUUUGACUUUAGGAUCUCCUACAACCCCUUCUCGUAUUACUGCCGGUGUGCAGAGACCCUUUUAGUGUUUUUCUUCUUAGAUGUUUUGCUCAUGUUGACAGGUCGGAAACCAUGGAUGAUGAAGACAAUAACACGUCUUCAUAAGUCCAUGAUGUUUUUAGAGUACUUUACCAGCAAUUCUUGGACCUGGAACACUGAGAACAUGACCAUGCUGAUGAACCAGCUAACCCCUGAAGACAAAAAGACAUUUAAUUUUGAUGUUAGACAACUACACUGGGCAGAAUAUAUGGAAAAUUACUGCCUGGGAACGAAGAAAUACGUGCUGAAUGAAGAAAUGUCGGGCCUCCCUGCAGCUAGGAAACACUUAAAUAAGUUAAGGAACAUUCGCUAUGGCUUCAACACGAUCCUCGUGAUCCUGAUCUGGCGCAUCUUCAUCGCGAGGUCACAAAUGGCAAGAAACAUCUGGUACUUCGUGGUUAGUCUGUGUUACAAGUUCCUCUCCUACUUCAGAGCCUCCAGCACAAUGAGAUACUGAGGAAGAGGAUUUAGCAUUAGGACAUCUAUGCAUAUGGUGGUCUAACUGCACAAACCCUGUAACGUAGUCAUCUCACAUUUCGUGAAGCAUAAUUUCAUUUUUAAUUGAAGUGAGAAAUAAGCAGUAUGGUAUUUGUAACUUAGCUGUGUAUCUUCCUGGAAAAGGAGCAAAUAAAAAGGGCAAGUACUACACUGAAUUGGCUUAGAAAAGCAUUUAGAUAACUUUAACUCUUUGACCUGGGGAAGACAUAUUAGACUACUGACCAACAUAACUGUGCAAUUUGGAACGUGUUUGAUUGGAAACUGCCUUAACAUUGUUUUUUUUUCUUUUUAAGUUUUACUCCACAUUGAGCAAGAUAAAUAUUGGCAUAGUAGAUACUAGUUGCUGUAGACCUAUUUAUUUGAAAUUCUUCUAAAUUACGAAGGGUUUUGCAAGUUGCAAAAGUGUACAAAUGACUGGAUCUCCUGAAAUAAAAUAAUUGAGAACUUUUGUAAUUUGUCUUUAGGUUUUGCCACUUCUUCCCUUCCCCUCAAAGUAGGGAUGCAACAAUGGUGCCUCCUUUGCUUUAAAGAAAAAAAGAAAUUAAAAAAUGAACCAACCUUCCUUAUUUACUGAAAGGCCUUUUAUAUAUCUGGUCUUCAGAAUGCACUUUGUGAUUCAGUUCUAUGCUUGAACCUGGCUGUGCCCAACUUGCAUUUGUGACGGCAUGAACAAUUUGCUACUCUGAAAGCAGAAUUGAUCCUCGCAUUGAGCAGAUAAAAGGAAGUGUUACCUAGAGAGGGGUAAAUAAAGUCAUUGACUGUCUUCUUUUUAAUGAUUUUUUUUUAAUUGAGAACACAGAGCCAGCACUUCUUCUGACUUCAAAGGGUAAAUGAAUGAAAAGGAAUUUAUUAUGCUUGGUUGCUAUUUAUAUUUCUGGUAAUAGUAGCUGGACAAGCUGUAGACUUUCAUUAAGAGAUACACCUGUUUUUAAGUUGUAAGCAAUGUUAGCAAAUACUUCAAGAAUUAAUAUUUUUUUCCAAAUCUCUGAGCUGUUAAAUUUGAUGCAUGGUCAACACCAAUGCACAAGCACACUUUCUCAUCCCUGUCCUAGUAAAACCUCAUUUCACUGGGCAAGCAGAGUAAGAGGCACCUUGCUCCAAAAUGAAGAGAUGUUAACAGUUCUUCUUUCUAUCUUUUAACUUAAAUUAUUAGGUUUAAACCUGAAGAAAUCUGUGCUUUUUCCUGCAUGUUACUGUUUCAUUAGGGAAGACAUUUGUAAAAAUGGAAAGUUGUAAGAAAAGAUUGAAUCCUUAUUUCUUUAAUCCAAGGCAAUACAUGAAGAUCCCUUUAAAUUUUGGUUGCACAGAUUUGAGAACACUGUAGUGUUCCUCUAAUUCAUGCACUGACCUGCACCCUUGCCCAGUGUUUGUUCAUUCAAAUCAGUUUGUACUGGUGAAUUUGUUAUUGAAUCUGCCUGGAAAGGCAAAUAAUGACUUAAUUACACAAGAACUACAUUUUACUUGCCCUUGGUAGUUUUUUGUCCUAUUGAAUUAAAUUUGUAAAGAACUUAUUUUGCUAUUCUUCUAAAAACUCUUACUUUAAAGGGAACACCUUUCCUGCAGGUGUAUAUCUCAUUUUGAAAAGAUAAUGGCUUCCUUGUUGAAGCUAAAUAUUCUGUAGUAAGUAGUUAAGCUGUAAUUCCUUUUUUAAAUUCCUGGUGUAUAUAUAAAGCUAGUGAUGAAAAGCCUAAAUGGUCCAGGACCACACCUCGUGUGAGAGACCUCUGACUGUGGCUGAAAUCAAUUAAGGCUUCUGUGCUUGGAGAUGUUACACUUUAACAGAUAUCAUAGGUGUAUGACAUUUUUAGCUGCCUCCCCAAGUACCUCACCAGAACUGAAAGUAUGCUUAAGCAUUCCUGAAUUUUAGACUUUAUUCAGAGGGGCUUCCAGUCCACUGACACCGCUUGUCCCAUGUUGGCACGUGGCUGAAGUUUGCUAAAGAUAACUACAUCAUACUCUGAAAGUUAUUCUGUGAAACAAUCCACUUAGGAAUUUUGGUUGUUUCUAACUAUAAACAUAUUAUAUGAACAUUAUAACAUGAUACUUCUAAUGUUGAUUUGUUAACACUGAGAUGAACUAUGAAGCCAAUGAACCCAUUACUUCUGGUCCAAGACACUGCUUAGAAAUUUAGUCUUUUGGAUAAAUAACAAAGGGGGAUUACUUUAAGCCUAAGCUUAUUUAACCUCUACACUAAACAUUUGCCAAUUUAGAAAUCCAUUUUUUCCCCUUCUUUGGAGACUGUUCUGUGCCCUAUUAGUUUUUUACACCAAUUCAUCAGUCAUCCUAUUGGACUGACAGUAGAUUCAAUGUUGCAUUUUUUCCUGCUGGUUUUGUCACUUCCUGUAGUCAGUCUGUGAAAUUCUACCCAGAACUAUUGGAUCUUUUCCAUAUGGGAGCCCUGUCCUCCUGCAGUUCUUCACACCAGUGGUUGCACAUAAAGGAUGUUGGUCAGAAAUAUACUGGAACUAUAUUUUGGUCCACAAAGGCAGACUCAGUGUUUUGACUAGCAAGUUACAGGAGGGGUAUCAGCUGAUUAACAGGAAGAGGAACAGACCGAAACAACAUUCACUGAACUGUUACUGAUAUUUAAAUUGGGGACCAGGAAAAAAAAUGAUAUUUUCCUGUAAUGUUUUUCUCUGCUGUAGGAACAGAUGUUUGGAAACAAAUGCUAAAUCUGUGAGCUUUUAUAAGACAUAAACAGAAAUAUUGGGUGCCUUUGUUUGUAAACCAAAAAUAAACAAAUCCCUUGAAAGUG